AGAGAGAGAGAGAGAGAGAGAGAGGUGAUUAGGUGUUGGAAAAAUCGAUCGAAGAAAGGGAAAAGAUGGACAAGAACAUGCUUGGAGAUUUGGAUAAUCUUCCCGAGGAAGAUAAGCUCAGAAUGAACACCAUGAUUGAGCAACUCCAAAUCCGUGACAGCUUGAGGAUGUAUAAUAAUCUGGUGGAGAGGUGUUUCACUGACUGUAUAGACAACUUCCGACGGAAAAAUCUUGACAAGCAAGAGGAGACUUGUGUCCGCCGUUGUGCCGAGAAGUGGCUGAAGCACUCGAUGCGGGUUGGAUUGCGAUUCGCCGAACUCAACCAAGGUGCAGCAACCCAAGAUGAAGUCCCCAGCUCUAAAUAGAUAGCUUGGUGGUUGAAAUAUUUAGGGAAAAACAAUUCAUAUGACUAUUAUGUUCUUCUAGUUACUCUAAAAUUAUUUGACUAUGAGAAAUUGAUCACUGCCGCCACCUUUACUUUUGGUUGAGAAGUAGCCUAUGAAGUUUUGAUCGAGAUAUUCCAACUCAACAAUAAUAGUUCAAGAUGUCAUUUUGCCCAUCUCCUGAUGGAAACUUAUAUUUAGUGGUAUUUGCUUGCAAUUGCCAUUAAUUUUGUUCUAUCCACUCUUUAGAGAUUUAUAAGAUUGGUUAUGGUAUAUGCCAAUUGUUUGGAGUAAUGUUCUUUUCCAAUGCUUCAUUGGUCUGAAAAUGAAACAUUUGUUGUUGGAUUGGAUUGGAUUAUCUAUGAUAUUUCUAGUAUCAUUAUCCAAAAAUGUAGUGGUUAAACUUACUAACCCCUUCAUGGUAAUUUCAUAGGACUUCUAUUCUUUAAAUUAUACCAACAAGAAUCUUGAUGAUGUUCUCUUCAGUAUUAAGCAAACAGGCAAUAAACUAUCCUUUAAAAUGCUUCACUCAUCAUUUGCUUCUAUCUCAUGAUUUCAUUUCCCUAAUUUAUUAAAUAGUGAGCUAAUGUUCAGUAACACUACUUUAGAAAUUGGCACAAGUGAGUAGAGAUUAAACACUAUUCCCUCCAUUCCAAAAUAAGUCUCGUUUUAGCAAAAUGGAGAAAUUCUAAAAUAAGUGUCGUUGUCACAUUUCAAUGCACUUUUUGUCAAAAGUUU